UACAGGACCAGCAUUGCUUCUUGCUUUGAAUUCUGAAGACAGGUCCAAAGCAUAUUUCUUAUGUGUGUCUGCUGUGUUUCUCUCUGGAAGGGCGGGAGACUGCUUCUUGACUGUGUUUUGAAAUGGGAGGUAGAGAGAAUGGAUUACCUUUAAUUCACGCCUGAAAAUGUAUUCUUUGGAUAAAGAGGAACUGCUUUCCUAAAACAUACCUGAUCUUUUAGUUCAUAUUGGUCUAUGACUCCCACCACCACCAUUAACCUCCAGAGUGAUUAGCCUACCCCUCUUGUAUUCCCAUGGAAGGAGCUGAGUAUAUUUAAUAUUAGGAGCACAUCCAGAAGCCUUUGAGGAGGGGGAUGGCUCUUCAUAUUCAUGAAGCUUGCAUACUUCUGUUGGUCAUCCUUGGAUUGGUCACCUCUGCUGCCAUCAGUCAUGAAGACUAUCCUGCUGAUGAAGGUGACCAGACCUCCAGUAAUGACAAUCUGAUCUUUGAUGACUAUCGAGGGAAAGGGUGUGUGGAUGACAGCGGCUUUGUAUACAAGUUGGGAGAACGAUUUUUCCCAGGGCAUUCCAACUGUCCAUGUGUCUGUGCUCUGGAUGGACCUGUUUGUGAUCAGCCAGAAUGCCCUAAAAUUCACCCAAAGUGUACUAAAGUGGAACACAAUGGAUGCUGUCCUGAGUGCAAAGAAGUGAAAAACUUUUGUGAAUAUCAUGGGAAAAAUUACAAAAUCUUGGAGGAAUUUAAGCCCUCUCCAUGUGAAUGGUGUCGCUGUGAGCCCAGCAAUGAAGUUCACUGUGUUGUAGCAGACUGCGCAGUUCCUGAGUGUGUCAACCCAGUCUAUGAACCAGAACAAUGUUGUCCUGUCUGCAAAAAUGGUCCAAACUGCUUUGCAGGAACUACGAUAAUCCCGGCUGGCAUUGAAGUGAAAGUGGAUGAAUGUAACAUCUGUCACUGUCACAACGGGGACUGGUGGAAGCCUGCUCAGUGUUCAAAACGCGAAUGCCAAGGCAAGCAGACUGUGUAGGACAAAUUCCCACCCGAGGAGGAGUUCUUAGGAGAGGAUGCUAUGGCUUCUACACUGCACGUGUUUGACACAAAACAAAACCAACCAAAAGACUCCUGCCAGCUACAACAGGGUCACCAGCAAAACCUUUUAGGGUUGACAAAAGUGAAUAUUUUACUAAGAGGAAAUUUCUCUCUUUCUCUCUUGCUAUAUAGAAUAUAUAUAGUAAAUAGC